AUGAGAUCAAUUUUGAAAUAUAUAAAUGUCGUUGCCAGUAUUGGAACAACAAUUUUGAUGUUUCUAGUAGUUCUAAGUGGAGUCAACCUGGUAGGGAUAAACAAAGAUCUCUACUGGUCAGAAGCGAGUCCAACUGAUGAAAAUUUGAGAUGGACAAAUUAUGGAAUUUGUGAAGUAAGCGAGUGGCUGCACAAUGAGAACUGCUUACCAAAUACAGUUGGAUACCCGUACAGUCCAUAUUGGUCAAUUGUGGGCUCCAGUUCCAUGCCCGCGGAUUUCGUAGUCCAUGAAAGUCUUUACUAUUACGUUUCAAGGUCAGCGUACUUCCUACUAUUGGUAGGUUUAAUAUUCUGUGUAUUCUCGCUUUUUUUUGUGAUUUUAACAGCCUUAGUGGAGGAGAGAAAAUGGUUAUACUACUUAUUUUUACAGGUAAUCACUUAUGGUAUCUUGACUACGGUGACAGGUGCCAUAUUAAUGACAUACAUUCACUCUCGUGGGUCAAAAGCGUUUGAUAAAAGAGGUCAUGGCAUGUUAGGACUUAAAUUGUUUGGAAUCCUUUGGGGUGGUGUUCUUGGUUACUUGAUAUCGACAAUUUUGAGCUAUAUAAUAGUAUUUACUAGAAAGAAGGAAAAGGAACAUUUCCAGAAGGUUGAUCACUUACUCCAAUAUAACAACUUGUACCAGGAUGUGAAUCCCAAUGAUCCGCUGUAUAUAACUCAUAGUGACCCUGAAAGUAUACAGAAAGGAAAUCAACCAAAUCCUUUUGCUGAAAACUUUGACACUAGAGGUGUUUACCAUUAG